CCACAUUUGGUUGGUAAGCGAUGGAAUUUCCCUUAACUUUCCUCCAGGGAUAUGUCCUUGGCACGUACAUCCCUCUGAAAUUCAUAGAAUUUUGAGAUUUGGGCGACUUCAGUUAUUUCUCCAUCUGGGAUGAUGAGCAACCUAUCAUCACUGUCAAAGCCCCACGACCAACCCCCAUGAUCAGCCCUCCUUACACCUCACCUUGGAAUGUACCAAGCUUUAAAUUAUCUCAUCACCAAGAACUAAGAGUGGUGACCACAAAUUCCACAAAUUCCUGCAGCUCUGCACGCCACUGGCAUACCCACAGAACCAGUUCUCCAUGCUCCUUGGGACCACGGGCACCUGGGCCCUCCCAGUGCGCUACCAUCCCACUCUCCUCGACCUCCACCCUUGGGGAAGGCGGCAUUGAUCAGGAAUUAAGUGCGUGUGCUCAGGGGCAGGCUGCCCAGGCUGUGUGUCCACACCUUCCUUACAGCUUGUGAAACUGGGGCUGCCUGCCAGGCAUCACGUGACUGUCUGGUGCAACAGAGGUGCAUAAGGCAGCCAUAGCCUUGAGGAAUAGGGCUGCAAAGAAUGCUGAAUCGCUGGGAGAAGCACUGCAGCAGCAGUGAUGGAGGGGCGAAGCUGGGGAGAUAAGGAAGGAUGGAGAGGAGCAUGAGCAAAGGCACUGUGGUGGAUGCUGCAGGCUGCUGAGCACCGCUCUCUCACUCCCCCAGCCGCCGGGAGCAAUGGAUGCUGAUGGCUCAACGGACUUGCCCUUGGCUGGAGCGAGCUGCCUUGCCCAAUGUUAGGCUCCCUCCCCAGGGGAAGCCUGAAUCCAGGGAUUGGUCAUUAGGCAAAUGUCUGCAGACUACGGCUGACCGUACCUCCUGAGAGUCCAGUGUCUGAGUCAAGUGGAAAGAAGGUUGAAAGAAGAGAGAAGUAUCGUGACCUGAGUAAUGGCGAACCCACCAUGAAACUCCCUCAGGGUGUCGUCUAUGGUGUGGUACGAAGAUCAGAUCAAAACCAGCAGAAAGAAAUGGUGGUGUAUGGGUGGACCACCAAUCAGCUGAAAGAAGAGAUGAACUACAUCAAAGACGUAAGAGCCACUUUGGAAAAUGUAAGGAAGCGAAUGUAUGGAGACUACGAUGAAAUGAGACAGAAGAUUCGACAGCUCACCCAGGAAUUGUCAGUUUCACAGGCUCAGCAGGAUUAUCAGCAGAAUUACAUCCAAACCCAGUCGUCAGCCCUGGACAGUUUUAAUACGAUGAACUCGGCUUUGGUGUCGGACUCCAUCGGCCUGCAGAAAACCCUUGUGGAUGUUACCUUGGAGAAUAGCAACAUUAAGGCUCAAAUCAGAAAUCUGCAGCAGACGUAUGAAGCCUCCAUGGACAAGCUGCGGGAAAAGCAGAGGCAGUUAGAGGUAGCACAGGUUGAAAACCAGCUGCUGAAAAUGAAGGUGGAAUCCUCCCAAGAAGCCAACGCAGAGGUGAUGAGAGAGAUGACCAGGAAGCUGUACAGCCAGUACGAAGAAAGGCUGCACGAAGAGCAGCAGAGGCACAGUGCUGAGAGAGAGGCGCUCCUGGAAGAAACCAAUAGUUUUCUGAAAGCCAUUGAAGAAGCCAAUAAAAAGAUGCAAGUGGCAGAGAUCAGCCUAGAGGAGAAAGACCAGAGGAUCGGGGAGCUGGACAGGCUGAUUGAGCGCAUGGAGAAGGAACGCCAUCAACUUCAACUCCAGCUCCUGGAGCGUGAAACAGAAUUGUCAACGGAAAUUACCAAUUCUGACAAAGAAAGGUAUCAGCGGCUGGAGGAGGCAUCGGCCAGCCUCCGGGAGCGGAUCCGACACCUAGAUGACAUGGUGCAUUGCCAGCAGAAGAAAGUCAAGCAGAUGGUUGAGGAGAUUGAAUCACUAAAGAAAAAGGUGCAGCAGAAACAGCUCUUAAUAUUGCAGCUUUUAGAAAAGAUAUCGUUCUUAGAAGGAGAGAAUAAUGAACUACAAAGCAGGUUGGACUAUUUAAUAGAAACCCAGCCCAAGACUGAAGUGGAAACCAGAGAGGUUGGAGUGGGCUGUGAUCUUCUACCCAGCCAAACAGGUAGGACUCGUGAGAUCGCAGUGGCUUCCAGGAAUUAUACCCCAUACACACGAGUCCUGGAGUUAACCAUGAAGAAAACUCUGACUUAAGCACUUGGAGACGUGCACUUUUCACUGAUGGACAAAGGCCCUGGAACCCUGCGGCUUGAAGUCUGGAAAGGGUGACUGUUGCUUCGUCCUAUACACUGUUUAAGCUGCAGUGGAAACUGCUGAGGUUCUGAUCCACUUCUUAAACAUGAAGGAAAGUGGAGGGGGAGGGGGAAGGCAGGAGAGAGAGGUUUCAAGGUCAUAUUUCAAACACCCAACCAGUGUAUGUACCCUGCUGUACUGGGCCGUCAUUAGCUUUCCAUGCGGACACUGAGUCCUAUCAGGAGAAUUUCCUCACUAUUUUCUGUUUUACUAGACUUCGGCUGGGAGGAAAUAAGGCAUUACCUUGAAAUUUCAUGUUACUUAUUGCCAGGAUCAUUUGUUACAGCAUGAAGGUUUUAUUUACCCGUAGAAGUAUUAGAGGCGGUGUUUCUCUGCUACAGGGAAGCCUGUCCGCAGGAGUGCAGGCACAUGGGGAAAUGUGACGCUGGGAAGGAAGGGGCAGGUGCCGAGGACCUGUGCAGGGGUGUGGGAGCCUCGGCUGCAGCCGGUCCUCAUGUGGGCAGACACGCUUCAUUCUGACGUGCUAACCCCUUGGUUUACUUUGUGCCUUAUGCCUUUAAGGGGCCAGCUGAAAUCACUGUAUUUAUUCAACCUGUGAUUUAUUUUUUCUUUCUUUCUCACUUUAACUGAAAGAGAAUUUUAUAUGUUGUGGAAAUUUAAUCACUUAAUGUUUUUGAUAUUAAUUGGUGUUUUUGUUAAAGGAAUGAGUGAUUUGUUCAAGCAUGCUCUACUUUGAUAUUAUAACCUAUGUCACAUGUUUAAUAAAUGCCAUAUAUUUUGUUCUAC